CUCAGCGCUGCUCGCGAGGAGUGGAACAGAGGACGCGUCCGUCCCUGUGCCCUCGGCAAGAGAGGGACUGUGUGUGUAAAAAAGAGACGGAGCUGGAGCAUGGACAGACAGAGAGAGAGAGAGAGAGAGCGAGAGAGUGAGUGAGCGAAAGAGAGCGAGAGAGAGAGGAAAGGAGGGGGGAGAGGAGAGGAGGUACCACUGCAGACGCACAGCCACUGUCACAGCUCCACAGCCAGAGGACAGAGAGCAGGAACGGCAGUGAACAGCAGCAGCACCAGAGAGCAUGGAGGAGCAAGACUCUAUCGUUCACCUGGACCUCUACCCUUCUCACUGACAACCUUCCUCUGGGAAUACCCCGUGACGAGUGGAGUAGAGAAGAGAAGAGGAGGGAGAUAGAGGACAAGGAGAGGACUCUCUUGAUCUGCCCUUCAGGAGAGGAAGCACCAGUCCCUUACUCUAGUGGGACAAAUCACACACUAUUCUUUUUUUGUUGCUUGUCGGACCUGUGUAAGUCUUGGGCUAUCUUUAAUCUGCGGUCACCCUCUCGACUGUGUGGACUUAUGUUGACCCUGGAGAGGACCAUGGGGCUAGGGUGGAGGUGGAGGGGUGCAGGAGGGACCCCCAGCAUAAGGACAGGGGGAAGCACCUUCCUCUGGGUGACAGUACUUCUGCUCUGUGGUACCUGGAGGGCUAACACACAGAUGGUAGAGGACACCAAGUCUGUGUACUUCUGGGAAACAGGGCCAUGGGGCAGAUGUAUGGGCAGUGACUGUGGCCCAGGUGGCAGCCAGAGUCGGGCUGUGUGGUGUGCCCACGUGGACGGCUGGACCACCCUCCACACCAACUGUGACCAGUCCCAGCGGCCUUCCAACCAGCAGAACUGCUUCCGUGUGUGCGACUGGCACAAGGACCUUUACGACUGGAAACUGGGUGCCUGGAACCAGUGUGUGUCUGUGUCAACAAGAACCUUUGGGGGCAUGCGGCCAUACGUAUGCAAUGGGGGUGAGGAGGGCAUUCAGACCCGGGAGGUGGGAUGCGUACUAAAGUCAGACGAAUCUCUCGGAGACGACACCAUCUGUGAGUACUUUGAGCCCAAGCCUCGUCUAGAGCAGGCCUGCCUCAUCCCCUGCCCUCAGGACUGUGUAGUGUCUGAAUUCACCCCCUGGACGUCCUGCUCAAAAACCUGUGGAACCGGCCUAAAGAACCGGGUGCGCAGUGUUCUGGUGCCUCCACUCUUCGGGGGUUCAGCCUGCCCAAACCUAACCGAGUUCCACACCUGUAAGCCAGGGCCUUGUAAGGGGCCUGAGGGGGUGUACAGCCUCAGGGUGGGAUCCUGGAUGCCCUGUUCUCUCCCCAUUUCACGGCCGGUGCGGCAGGCCAAGCAUAGGAAGGGUAAAGGGGGGGCCAGGGAGAGGCCUGGGGUCAAAGACCCUGAUACUAGGGAGCUGAUCCAGAAGAAACGGACCAGGAACCGGCUCAACAGGCAGGAGAGCCCCUUCUGGGACAUCCAGGUGGGAUACCAGAGUCGCACGGUGUCCUGUGCACACAGGAACGGGAGCACGGUGGGACUCAGUCUGUGUCUACCCUGGGACCUCCCUCUGACGGUCCAGUCCUGCAUCCUCGCUAAGGACUGUAAGCUGAGCGAGUGGGCAGACUGGGGCCCCUGCUCCAAGGCCUGUCUAGACCCAGACCCUGAGUCCCCCAGGGGCCAACGUUCCAGGACCAGACGAGUGCACCAGUUCUCCGUGGGGGAGGGGGAGGACUGCCCACCGCUGGAGGAGACGGAGCCAUGUGACCCCCAGGGGGAUGGAGUACUGCCCUGCGCCACUUACACCUGGAGGACUACAGAGUGGAGCGACUGUAGAGUGGACUCGUUGCUAAGCCAACAGGACCGUCGGCGUAGCAACCAGACCGGCCUGUGUGGGGGAGGGCUCCAGAAUCGAGAGGUGUACUGUGUCCAGGCCAACGCCGAACUACUGACCUACCUCAACAACCUCAAAGACAAAGAUGAGGGUCAGACCUCAAACCAGCAGAAGCCUAGUGUUCCCCCUCUUCUAUCCAUCAGCUUUGAAGUUACAGCAUCCCGUCCUGUGGACAGCAAGCAGUGCGGGGGUCCCGUCCCCAACACAUCCCAGCUGUGUCACAUCCUCUGUCCCAUCGAGUGUGAAGUGUCCCCAUGGGGGGCCUGGGGACCCUGCACCUAUGAGAACUGUGACGUCCAAGAAGGGAAGAAAGGUUUUAAACUGAGGAAACGGGAGAUCAGCAAUGAGCCAACGGGUGGACCAGGGAACUGUCCUCACCUGGUGGAGGCUGUCCCAUGUGACGAACCCAGCUGCUGGGACUGGCGCCUGGUCAGACUGGAUGAGUGUAUCCCGGAUGGGGAGCUGCCGUGUGGCCCCGGGACACAGAUACCUCAGGUCCAGUGUGUCAACAGCACUGGUGACAUGGUGGACAAGGAGCUGUGUGGGGGAGCCUCUGCCCCUGAGCCCAUCGCCUGUGAUGUGCCUUGCCCUAAGGACUGUGUCCUCAGCGACUGGACCUCCUGGUCCUCCUGCUCCCAAACCUGUUCCAGCAAAACCAUCGAGGGCAAGCAGCUGAGGACUCGCUCCAUACUGGCCUACAACGCUGGCGAAGGUGGUGGCAUGUGCCCCAACAGCAGUUCCCUGCAGGAGGUACGUAACUGCAACGAGCAUGCAUGUACGGUGUACCACUGGCAGACUGGCCCCUGGGGCCCCUGUACUGAAGACCCCUCAGCCUCAGCCCUCAACACCACCACUGGCCCCAGGUCUGCUGCCGGCCCCAACAGCAGUGGCCAGGGCCCCUGCUCCCGGGGCAUGCAGACACGCAAGGUCAUCUGUGUCCGGGUCAACGUGGGACAGGUGCCACCCAAGAAAUGUCCUGAGAGUCCUCGUCCAGGUACAGUGCGACCCUGUCGAAUGCCCUGUAAGAGGGACUGCAUCAUCACCCCCUUCAGCGACUGGUCCCAGUGCUCUCCCACCUGUGAUGCAGCUGGUAACAUUCAGAAGACGAAGCAGUCAAGAAACCGCGUCAUCCUCCAGCUGCCAGCCAACGGGGGCCAAGACUGUCCUGAGGUGCUGGAGGAGGAGAAGGACUGCGAAGCUCCUAAAGUCUGCCCUGGUUACAGGUGGAAGUCACACAAAUGGAGAAGGUGUCAAUUGGUGCCAUGGAACAUCAGGGAGGACAGCCCAGGGGCUCAGGAGACAUGUGGACCAGGUCUUCAAACAAGAGCCGUGUCCUGUCGCCAGCUGGACGGAGUGCAGGCAGACAUUGGAGAGUGUCUGAAGUUUGCCAACACCAUGCCCCCCAUCACUCAGCGGUGCCAGCUCCCAUGCCAGGACGAUUGCCAGCUCACCAACUGGUCCAAGUUCUCGUCCUGCACAGCUGACUGUGUGGGGGUCCGAACCAGGAAGAGGUUACUUGUAGGGAGAAGCAAGAAGAAGGACAAGUGUAAGAACACCCAGAUGUACCCUCUGAGCGAGACCCAGUACUGCCCGUGUGACAAGUACAAUGCCCAGCCCGUGGGCAACUGGUCCGACUGCAUCCUGGCCGGGGGAGACCGGGUAGAGAGCCUCCUGGGCAUGAAGGUCCAGGGGAACAUCAAGGAGUGUGGCCAGGGCUACCGCUACCAGGCCAUGGUGUGUUACGACCAGGACAACAGACUGGUGGAAACCUCACGAUGCAACAGCCACGGCUACAUUGAGGAGGCAUGCAUCAUCCCCUGUCCGUCAGACUGUAAGCUCAGCGAGUGGUCCAACUGGUCCCGCUGCAGCAAGUCAUGUGGUAGCGGGGUCAAAGUGCGUUCCAAGUGGCUCCGGGAGAAACCCUACAACGGAGGGCGACCCUGCCCCAAACUGGACCACAUCAACCAGGCCCAGGUGUAUGAGGUUGUGCCAUGUAUUAGUGACUGUAGUCAGUAUGUGUGGGUGGCUGAACCCUGGAGUGUAUGGAAGGUCAGCAACUUGGACCUGAAGGAGAACUGUGGAGAGGGAGUCCAGACCCGCAAAGUCAGGUGUAUGCUGAACACUAUUGACGGUCCAUCUGAGUCUGUGGAGGACUACCUGUGUGACCCGGAGGACAUGCCCUUGGGGACGCGGGGAAGCCGGCUGCCCUGCCCCGAGGACUGUGUCCUCUCUGACUGGAGCAGUUGGAACCGCUGCAGCCUGCCAUGCAGUUACAACAACAGCAGGAAACGGACAGCCUACGCCAUCCGGUCACCUGGAGAAGGGAGACAAUGUCCGGACACCACAGAGAAGGAGCCAUGUAGUCUGAACCUGAACUGCUUUCACUAUUUCUACAACAUCACAGACUGGAGCACAUGUCAGCUAAGUGCCAAUGCUGUGUGUGGGAAUGGCAUCAAGACGCGAAUGCUGGAUUGUGUACGCAGCGACGGCAAGUCUGUCGACCUCAAGUUCUGUAAGGAGCUGAGCCUGGAGAGGAAGUGGCAAAUGAACAUUUCCUGUGUGGUGGAGUGUCCCGUCAACUGCCAGCUGUCUGAUUGGUCGGCCUGGUCAGAAUGCUCGCACACGUGUGGACUGGAUGGGAGGAUGUGGCGUAGCAGGGGGGUGGUGCAGGGGUCCCAGGGAGACGGGCGUCCCUGUCCCUCUCAGCUGGAGCAGUGGAAACCUUGUCCUGUCAGACCCUGUUACAGGUGGCAGUACAGUCCCUGGUCUGAGUGCAGGGUGGAGGAGGUGGUAUGUGGAGCGGGACUUCGCUACCGGAACCUGACGUGCUUCGUGUCGGACGGCUCCGGAGAAGGAGAGGCCAGUAUGGUGGAGGAGGAGCUGUGUGGGGGUCUGGAGCUGGCUGUCAACAGAGACAAGCUGAUCAUACUGAAGGAGACCUGUGUUCUGCCCUGUCCAGGUGAAUGCUACCUGAUGGAGUGGUCUGACUGGAGCCCGUGUCUGAGUGUGUGUGCCAAAGGGGCCGGCGUGGACUUUGGCUCUGUCCAGGUGCGCUCGCGAGCCGUCAUGGCCCAGGAGCCCGAGAAUGUCCAGCUGUGUCCUGACCAGGAUUGGGAGUCCCGACCUUGCACUGAUGGGGAGUGUUUUGAGUACAAGUGGAUGAGCAGCACGUGGUUAGGCUCCUCUCGCGUCACCUGGUGUCAGCGCUCUGAUGGACUCAAUGUCACAGGAGGAUGCCCCCAUAUCAAUCCUCCAGGGGACGACAACAACUCCUGUGACCCGCCGUGUCAAUUGCCAAUGUCCUUCUGCACUGAGGCUGGCGUGUGUAUGUGCGAGGAGGGCUACACAGAGGUGAUGUCCUCCAGUGGCCAGCUGGACCACUGCACCCCCAUACCCAUUCUGGAGAUCCCCACAGCCGGGGACAAGAAGACUGACGUGAAGACCAGCCGUGCCAUCAACCCCACCUUGCCUGCCACCAUACAGCCUGGACGCACCGGACGCACCUGGUACCUGCAGCCCUUUGGACCAGAUGGCAAGCUGAAGAUGUGGGUAUAUGGUGUAGCAGCGGGAGCCCUGGUACUGCUCAUGUUCAUAGUGUCUAUGAUAUACCUAGCUUGCAAAAAGCCAAAGAAACCAAAGAGACAGAGGCAAAUGAACAACCGAUUGAAACCUCUCACCCUAGCCUAUGAUGGGGACGCUGACAUGUAGGACUCUGGGGUAGCCUAGUCCUCCAGAGACCUGCCCCACCUGCCGUAAAAACAAAGAGACAUAUCCCAUCAUAGGGAUGUUUUCAUCUUGCAGAUCAGAAGAAGAAGACCAACGGCCAUCUCGAAUCCAUUUUGGGUCCUCAUGUGUUAAUUGGAGAUUGGAAUUGAGGAAGCAUUUCUCCACUUAGACAUAUUUGGGUUUAGUCCAUUUCAAGCAGCAGUUCUCCUUUUCCAUUUUCUUUUGUGAUAUUUCCUUAAACCAAAGCCUUCACAGCCUCCCCUCACUACGAGGAAAAUUAGUUUUUUUUGUUUGCCCAUUUUUUGCUUUCAAAUGGAAGGGCUGCUGCGAAGAGACAAACUUUUCUGUCUUUGAACACAAACAGCACAAGCUCAUUUCUUUGCCGUGUUUUUCUGCUCGUCACUGCAACAUUGAGUAGCUGGAGGCUUAGGAUGCACUGGCAGUUCGCACGUUGCCAAAAGUCACCGCAGGGAAGGGGAGGAAAAUCUCCAUGAAAAGGCUUGGAUUCAUUUCCUUUCUGGAUUUUGACUGAAAUCUCCUUCGGUCGCAAACAAAGAGAUACUUUUGGUUUCCGGUUGAUUCCUAGACAGAGGCCUAUCUUGAAGGAUAAACAUAUACAGACCGAGAACACAAGAUGAGAAACAAUCCCUGGUUACUGGAUCUAUUGCCUGUCUCCCUUUUGCUUUGUUUCAGGCACUAUUAUUGCACUAUAUUAGUGCAGCAUGAUAUGCACAUGAUGAGUUAUACGUUGUAUUGCCAUAGAACAUUGCCUCUCUUAAGACACAACCAAAUGCAGUUGGAAACUAAAUGUGAAAAUAAUGGGCAUUUUCAAGACCAUGGAUACAUGACAACUGGAGAUGAUGUCCCCAUUCUAUAACACAGGGGGUGUGAGUCAAUAGUAAAUAUGUAUAGAUUUAAUUUUGUCACAACUCGUUUUGUUUUUGGUCCAGUAUCUUUUGUGGUCUAUAUACUGUAGUUUGUUUGGUAUUGUCCCUCUCUAUGCCCGAAUGAAAUUGAACAGACGACUUAAAUGAGGACCAUUGAUUCUGUUCUUGCUUACAAUGAGAUAUUUCCAAUGGUUUAAAUGUUGUAAAUAUGAAACACAGCCCAUAUGUACAUGGAAGAUAAAUGGGUAAAUGGAUUUUCUUAUUUUUUAGAUAACUUGUUUCGCAAAAAACAAAACCCUUCUAAAGCUAAAACGAUGUGUGUGACUACUAUUGUAUUUUUAUCUAAUUUCUAAUGUCACGCAACUCUAACUUCUGCCUUAUUGUGUCAAUGAUCAGCUAUCUACAGUACCAUAUACAUUCAUAAAACCAACAUAUUUAAUAAUGGGUGCAGCACAGGUUUAAACUGUAUGUCAUUGAUUCAUGGGAUGAAUGACUGAUGAAUUUGGUGAUUGAUGAAUUUCGAUAGAAGUUAAACGGUACCAUUUUCUAGGACAAAAGGCUCUAGGAACAAGACUAUUUAAAUGUCCUUUUUUCACAAUGACCCAUAUCAUAGGUGCCCUUAGACAUAUUAUAAUGAUGCAGUCGUUCUCCCGGCGUACAAUAUCACAUCAUAUAUUCUGUAUAUAUAUAUCGAGGUCCAUCUAAGCAGCCGUCAUUACAGUAUAUGAAUACAGAGGAAAUAUGACGCGGCUGUUCUACAGUGGCAGAAUUCGACCAGUCUGCCUGAUUGCUAGAAGAGCAGCUGAUGAGGAGAAUGUUUACUUUUUUUUUGUGUCAGUUUUCCUUUUAAAUAUUUUUUGGAGAGAAAAAAAAGAUCAACAUAUGUGUACAUUUAUUUUGUAUUGCACACAAAUGUUUAGUUUGAAUAUUGCAAAAUGGGUGUAUGCUAUUACUGAUGGUGGUUCUCUUGAAGCAAGCUGUGUGUUGUACAAAAAGAUAAGACUCCGUCAUUUUGUAGAGAUUGUAUCGGAAGUAUUACUAAAAAUAAAUGAAGAAAGUGUUAUAAACAGA